CAUAGCCCCGUGAGUGGCGGAGGUGGAUGCUUGAAGGACGGUCAAAUGGACCAAUUACAACUGGUUUAAGAAGCCCCGGUCCAACCCAUACUUCGACACCCCCCACCUCACCCCUCCACGGGGACCGAACAUUCCUCCUCUUCUCUACGGACUCGACGGCGACAUAACACGGCCGAAGAAACGGACUUUACGGGGGAUUGUUUCUUCUCAUGACCCAGGCCCAGGACAAAUAAGGUCCAUGUUGGGUCGCGGCGUGAAGCGGAAGUGGAGCUGCGUGGAGGGGUUGGACGCGGCCAGCGAGGAGAAGCAGCGGCGCGGUGAUGGCGAGGUCGGCACCACGGAGGCAAUAUCAGGCGGCGCCGGCGACAUGCGUCAGCGCUUGCUGGGCCUCAGCCUGGAGAAGCUGCAACGCUACCGGGCCGGCGUGGAGCUCAGCCUGCGUCGCUCGGUGCUUCUCAUCAACACGCUGCGGCAGAUUCAGGACGACAUGCUCAACAACUCAGAGGAGAACAAGAGUGCGAUCCUCUGCACUCCGGACUCCCCUCUUCUGUAUGAGGACCACACGUGUCCCGGGUGUGCAGAGGGUGGCAGAGACAGUCCGUCCACGCAACUGGAAUCCUCCCAGGACGCGAACAUUGGGGCGUUUAGCGAUGUGGUGAACGCCAUGGGCUACCUCGGUGACUUGGCCCUGGACGAUAUCUUCGAAGACAUCGAUACGUCCAUGUACGAAACAUCUGACCUGUCCGGGGGCUGGACGGCGGGCUCUCUGUGGCCCCUCAGCAUGUCCCUCUGGGCGGACAAUAAUGAGAAAGGCACCAGUGGAGGUCUCCAGUCAUGCCUGAUGGACGUCAAUGAGCUGGAUCACAUCAUGGAGAUCUUGGUCAAGUCCUGAUCCACCAGUACAUAGAAACCCUGCGUGGUUGCCUUCGGCAUUUGUGACUUUGUCACCGGGUUUUCUUGGGCCAUUUUGUUGACACAACACUCCUCGUUUUUGGAAGUCAAGACGCUUUGACGCCAGUGGGGCUUCUUUGCUGCCUCGUAUCUCACAAUUGUAUUUUGAUGGCAUUUUUGUUUUUAUGAUUGAGGUUUUAUGGAAGUAGUUUUGUAUAUGAAAACCUCCAGGGCAAAACUUUUACUGUUUACUCCCAUUCUACCUCUUGAUGUUGGCACUCCUGUGAACCAGUCGUUCAGAAUUUUAGCUUUCCUGCAAGGACUCAUUUCAACAAUGUGCCUUACUGUAUGUACGUCUCAGGCCACGUCCACACAUUCAGGAACUUGUGAGCCAAUCACAAUGAGGUUUUCAAAAAACACCUCUCUUUGUACACAAGAAUCCAUUUGUCGAGUUUGGUGUCCAUAUCAACCAAUCUGAAGGCUGAAAAAGCUACAUCAGCAGUUCCCGCUGGUCAUCCAUUUUCUAUAAUACCGAUUCAUACCAAACACCAUUUAGACCCUUCAACGACCCCAAAUUUUUGGGAACGUAGCAGCCAAGAUUUAAAGCCAGAACCUCUCAACGAUAAGGUUGACAUGUA